UACAAUGCUGCAAGUUGAGUUCAUCAACUGAAAUAUAUUUUAAUAAGUAUUCGGACUACCGUUAGCUUAACUUUGUAUAUUUGUAUUUAUACACCUGGUGUCCACAGGGGCCCUAACCUGUUGUGUCUUGUCCAGAGUCUUGAGGGGGAGGUGCUGCCUCAGAAAUGAGUCACUCUGGGGAGUGUAAGGAGAGGAAAACUUCUUUAAUAAUGAAUCUGAACAGAGUCCAGCGGGAGAGAACAGACUCACUUGAACCCAGCUCUGUGUCCAUGAAGAGUAACUGGACAAUGGUUCACCCGAUUGCCUUUCAACAGGGAUGGGUUUCUACAGCUAGAAGAUUCCAGCAGGAAAGAACAGACUCACCUGUACCCAGCUGUGUGUCUAGUUGCUGUGUGAGUGACUGGUCAAUGGAUGAACCACUGAAGUUUGGGCAGGUUUCUACAGCUGGAAGAUUCCAGCAGGAGAGAACAAACUCACCUGUACCCAGCUGUGUGUCCAUGAAGAGUGAUGCAUCAAUGGAUCGGCCUAUAUACUUCCAACAAGGACAGGUUUCUACAGAUGAAAGAGAUCAGCUGAAGAGAUGCGACUCAGCACAUCAACAAGCGGAUUUAUCAACUAUUUUUAAGUUGCUUGAGGACAAAGCUGUGAAGUUCCUGAGAGAUGAACUGAACAAGUUCAAGAGGAAUCUGAGUCAGGAUUACCCAGCAAGCUUUGAGCCUCAGGAUGACAAUAAAAUGGACAGUGAAACUGAGAUUCACAAGAUGUGUGGCAGAGAGGGGGCUCUGAAGAUCACACUGUACAUCCUGAGGACCAUGAAUCAGAUGGACCUCGCAGACACACUGGAGAACAAUGAACUCCUGAUGAAAUGCCAACAUAAAUACAGAUGUAACCUGAAGAAGAAAUUUGAGUGUAUGUUUGAAGGGAAAGCAAAGCAAGGAAAUGCAGUCUUGCUCAAUAAGAUUUACACUGAGCUUUACAUCACUAAAGGUGGAACUGGAGGGAUCAAUGAUGAACAUGAAGUGAGACUUAUUGAAACAGCCACCAAGAGUCCAGCAAUACAAGACAUUGCGAUUCAGUGCAGUGACAUUUUCAAGCCCUUACCUGGAGAAACGACACCUAUCAAAACUGUGCUGACAAAGGGAGUUGCAGGCAUUGGAAAAACUGUGUCUGUGCACAAAUUUAUUCUUGACUGGGCAGAAGGAAAAGCAAACAAAGAUAUUAACUUCAUAUUUGCUUUUCCUUUCCGGGACCUAAAUCUGAUGAAGGGUAAAGACUACAGUCUAAUAGAACUUAUUCACCACUUUGUCCCAGAACUGAAAGAGUUUGGAUCAGCUGAGCUUGAAAGGUGUAAAAUCUUGUUCAUAUUCGACGGUCUGGAUGAGAGUCAACUUCCUCUAGAUUUCCAGAACAAUCAGAGCUGGUUUGAUGUAACAAAGUCAACAUCUUUGGAUGUGUUGUUGACCAACCUCAUUAAGGGGAAUCUGCUUCCCUCUGCUCUCAUCUGGGUAACCUCCAGACCAGCAGCAGCAGGUCAGGUCCCCCCUGAGUGUGUCCAUCAGGUGACAGAGAUACGAGGGUUCACUGAUCUUCAGAAGGAGGAGUAUUUCAGGAAGAGGUUCAGUGAUCAGGACCUGGUCAACAGGAUCAUCACACAUGUGAAGUCAACAAGGAGUCUCUACAUCAUGUGUCAUAUUCCUGUAUUCUGUUGGAUUUCAGCCACUGUUCUUGAGAAGCUGUUUGAUAAUGAAGACAGUGGAGAAAUUCCCAAGACUCUGACUCAGAUGUACACUCACUUCCUUAUCUUUCAGUCAUUUUUAAAGAAGGAAAAGUAUCUGAAGAAACAAGAAAAUGAGCUUCAUAAGAUUUUAAAUUCAGACAGAGAAUUCCUUCUUAAACUGGGGGAACUGGCAUUUAGAAACCUUGAGACAGGAAAUCUCAUAUUUUAUGAAGAAGAUCUGAAUGAGUGUGGCAUUGAUGUCAGUGAAGCUUCAGUGUACUCUGGAAUGUGUACAGAAAUCUUCAAAGAGGAGUCUGGGUUGUACCAGAGGAAGGUUUACUGCUUUGUGCAUCUGAGUGUUCAGGAGUUUCUUGCUGCUCUGUAUUCAGUGUUAAACAGAGAUAAGGACUCAAGUUUAAUAAAACAUAUUGCAAAUGGAGGAGAAACUUGGUCUGUCUUUCUGAACAGUUCAGUGGAUCAGGCUUUACAGAGCAAGAGUGGACACUUGGACCUUUAUCUCCGCUUCCUUCUUGGCCUUUCAAUGGAUUCCAGUAAGAGUCUGUUUCAAGGGCUACUGACAGAGAGUACAAUCAGCUCACCUUAUGCUGAAAAAACAGCCCAGUACAUCAAGGAGAAGAUCAGGGAGAAUCUGUCUCCAGAGAGAACCAUCAAUCUGUUCCACUGUCUUAAUGAACUCAAUGACAAUUCUUUAUUGGAGGAAGUCCAAGGUUAUCUGAGCUCAGGAAAUCUAUCUGCCAAAGACCUUUCACCUGCACAGUGGUCAGCUCUGGCCUUUGUGUUACUGAUGUCAGACAAGAAACUGGAUGUGUUUGACCUGGAGAAAUACAUCAGAACAGAGGAAGGUCUUCUGAGGCUGCUGCCAGUGGUUAAGGUCUGCAGAACAGCUCUGCUGAACCAAUGUGGACUGACAGAGAGAUGCUGUGAUGCUCUGGCCUCAAUUCUCACUUCAAGCUCCUCACACCUGAGAGAGUUAGACCUGAGUGAAAAUGAUCUGCAGGAUUCAGGAGUGAAAAUACUCUCUGCUGGACUGGGGACCAAACACUGUCAACUGGACACAUUGAGGCUGAACCAGUGUGGACUCACAGAGAGAUGCUGUGAAGCUCUGGCCUCAAUUCUCACUUCAAACUCCUCACACCUGAGAGAGUUAGACCUGAGUGACAAUGACCUGCAGGAUUCAGGAGUGAAGAAACUCUCUGCUGGACUGGGGAAUAAACACUGUAAACUGGAGAUACUGAGACUGUCUGGCUGUUGUGUCACAGAGGGAGGCUGUACUUCUCUGGCUUUAGCCCUGUGUUUGAACUGCUGUUCACACCUGAGAGAACUGGAUCUGAGCUAUAAUCACCCAGGAGACUCAGGAGUGAAGCUGCUCUCUGAUUUACUGGGGGAUCCACACUGUAAACUGGACACACUGCAUGUGGACUAUGGUGGACAGUGCAGGAUCAGACCAGGGCUCCUCAAAUACUCCUUCCAGUUCACACUGGACCCCAACACAGCAAACACACACCUGUAUCUGUCUGAGGACAACAGGAAGGUGACAUGGAGUGAAGAGGAACAGAAACAUCCUGAUCAUUCAGACAGAUUUGACUUUUAUAAACAAGUUCUGUGUGUAGAGAGUGUGUCUGGUCGCUGUUACUGGGAGGUUCAGUGGACUGGAAUAAAUGGGGCUGAAAUAGGAGUGACUUAUAAAGGAAUCAGUAGGAAAGGAUACAGGGAUGAAUGUCGGCUUGGAUACAACGACAAGUCCUGGAGCCUGUUCUGUACUGAUAAGUUUUAUUCUGUCAGACACAAUAAGACACACACUGACAUAGCUGCACCCCCCUCCCGCAGAGUAGGAGUGUAUGUGGACUGUGUGUCCGGCACUCUGUCCUUCUACAGCGUCUCUCCUGGUGAAGUGACCCUCCUCUACAGGUUCACCUCCACAUUCACUGAGCCCCUCUGUCCUGCAUUUUGGGUUUGGAGGGAUACCUCAGUGUGCCUGUGUGAGAUGAAGUAAGAAUACAAACAUCC